UCCUCGUCACUGAUGAGUUUGCGCAAUGGCGCGCGCCAGCAGGAACCUCAGGAGAGAAGCGGGCCGCGCUCGUGUGAACGUCAGUCACGUGACUGACACAGUCGCGGGAAAACACAAACCUGUGAGUAUUUCCGAGUGUUAGCUUAGCGGCUACACCGAGUCGCACUUUCACCACUUUAUUUUUUAUUUCGCCUAAUAACUUUAUUGUUAUUAACGAGUGACAAACAGCACGGAAGUAACAUCCACAGACGCUCGAGACACUUUGGAGUGAACCCUGUCUCGCUGUAUGAGUGCACUACAUACGGGAGGAAGUCAGGGCUUCUCAUGCACUUGGGGCACGUAUGGUGUGUGUUUCUAACCUGGAGCGAUGAGUGCGGCGAGGGCAGAAGACGUGAAGAGAGGCAUCGCUGUGAUUUGGGAGAACCUGCAGUGUCCCAUAUGUUUGGAUUUGAUGAGCAAGCCCGUCUCCACCUGCUGUGACCAUCAGUUCUGCAAGUUCUGCAUGACCAAACUGCUGGAGAGGAACAAGAGGAAAGAAACGAGCUGCCCGGUGUGCAAAACUAAGAUCACCAAGAGGAGCCUGCAGGAAAGUCCAGGCUUCCAGAAACUGGUAGAAGGCCUCCAGAAUUUAGUCCGUUCUUACGAAUUUGAUACGUGCACAAACUAUUUCACUGGGUUGCCACAGAGGAGACAGAGAGCUAGUGUUGAGACAGAGUCGAGAGAUCAGCAGGGCAGUGAAGAGAAUACAACCUCGGAGGGGGAUGCGACGGAGAAAGAGGCCACUGUUUCCUCCACAACAGCAGCUAAAGAUGCCUUCGCGAAACUCAUGUGUCUCGAGGAUUCGUGUCCUGCCACUUCACAACAAGAUUGCUUAGACAGCAGUGUUGGUGAUUUGCCACAAAAAUCAAAAACAAAACCUGCACAUCCUGAAGAUGUUCCACCGACAACAGAAGCAGGUAAUUCUCAGACACAGCAGGAUGUCACUCCAGAUGACGGGAAACGUUCCCGCAGAAGAUCUAAGCGACUCUGCUUGGAGCCAGACAGAAUUAUGGACACAAGACAGAAGAAAAGCGUGCAGAAAGUGUCUGAGUGGUUGCUGAAGAUUUCUCCAACUUCUGGUGCACAAACCGAAGACAACGUGGAAGGAGCUCUUCCGACUUUCACAGACAGCGAUGCUGAAAAAGAGAGUACGGCUUCACGUGCAUCAACAGAGAUUCACGAUUCUGCUAACGAUAAAGCUGUUGCAAAUCCUGAAAGGGAAGUUCCUUGUCGAGGUCUGGAAGAACAAGUGUUUGGGGCAGUGUAUAAACGCGAGCGCAAAGUUGUCAAGAUCACCAAAGUGACCAAAAGUUUCCCUCUUGAAAGAGAGACUGCACCUGUCAGUCGUUCUGAAAAUUUAUUGGAAAAGGAUGAAAAGAUCAUGACGUCUAAGAGGAGGUCAAGCCGUAAUGCGACUCCAGCUGACUCUAUCAGGAAGUCGUCAAAGGAAGAUAAAGAAGAUGGAGUGCAUCAAGAGGAAGUUGAGAAAGAAAGCAAACAGGAAAACGGCACCAAACCAUUGAGGUCCUCAGACGAGCAGGAAAAGGUGGUGCAGCCUGGUCCUGAUGAAGAAGGUGAAAUUAUGGAAGUAAGUCCAGCGUUUGAGGUACCAUUGAAGAAACCAGGGAGGAGAUCAAAGAUGCAGGAGGUUUGGCAAGAUGUGGACCUUGACUUGACAGAGAAAGAAAACAACAUGGACAACAAGAAAGAUCGGAAGAGACGGAUCGCUAGGAGUAGGCGUGACCCUGCAAAAGACGACAAGUUGGAAAAAGGCAAAAAUGCCAAGUCCCUUGUUAUAGUCAGUGCUGGAACCGAGAUCGUUGAUUCGAAGGAGAAAGUUCCAUGUAAUCCCAGAUUAAUUGAGACAGAAGUUAAUAUUGAAAGUUAUCCUAGCACUGCAGAGCCGAAAUCUCCUGAUGCUCGGAAAACGAGACGAAGUUUAAGGCUGCAGGAGUUCACUGCAGAAGUUCAGGGUCUUCCAAGAAGACGACGAUCUAAACAAGCUCUUCCAAAACCUGCUGAUGAACCUGAAAAUAAUCCAGCCACUACCCUCGAUGAGCCAAGUACGAAGGCUGACCAUGUUGGUACAAAUCAGCCAAAUACUUCACAGAACAAGAAACCAGGACGGUCUGGGAGGGGAAAUGGUUGUGUUUACAGUGAUGACUUUGAAAAUAUUGAAAUCAUGCAGUCAAGUGAGGAUGCGGCUGCUCCCAAGUGUGUAUCUGAGGGGACUAUCGCUGAAGAAAAUUCGCUUGUUUCUGUUGUCCCAGACACGGGGGAUCAAGACAAGAACAUUAUCCCUUGUCCUACCAAAGUUGUAAACACAAGUCCAUUAGCGGCUCUGGUUCCAGAAUCUAUACCACAGAAAUGUCAGGAAUCACCAUCUGCAAAAACGUCAGCAUCUGCUGUUGAGCACAAAGAUACAGAGCAAGAAGAUGACACCAAUGAUAGUGAACUUGAUACCGAGCAACUCAUGAAAACUUUCAAAACCACCAAGAGAAAAUCCUUCUACCUAGGUAGUCCCAGGCUUUCACACUCCAGAACCCAAGAGAAAUCCCUCACUCGGAUUUUGGAGGAAGACAAGCAAGACAACGUAACUCAAGCAGAGAUACCAGGCAUGUCUCCGGACAGUGAUCAAGUUCUACCUUCAAAUGCUUGUGAACGAGCACCUCAUGAGAUAACAUCUCAAACAUGUGUUGCAGAAGUUGCAAGUGUCCGUCUGCUUCAGGUAAAAUCACCACCUCUUCCCAGUCUUCCAAAAGACACCCCAAAAGACAAUUCCAUAAAAGUCUCAGGUGCCAGUGACCAUCCUGAGAAGACUGUAAAGUCUCAAGAUUCUUCAAGAUCUCAAGAUUCCAGCCCUCCUGUGAACCUUGACCUUGCACAUUCCAUCCAGCUUUUCUCUACAAGUGUGACUCAAGAGGAGCCACAAAUCUCUGGCAGUAAGGACUCAUCAAAGUCUCCAACGUCUUCAGAACUUCAAGGGACACGAUUGCAGGCAAACUUUGAUGUAGACUCAAACAAAAUUUCCAGCAUCCAGUUGGGAAACAUGACCAACUGUGAAACUCUGUGUGGUAAUUUUGAGUCCUCAGUCACCCCAGAUGGCCUUGUACCAAAUGGUCCUGAAGCUGUAGUCACAGAACCUGCAACCACUCAGAACUUGGAUAAGAUGGAUGAAGGAGAAGUUCUUUCUCAGCCAUGUUUGCGUAGGAAGAGGAAGGCCCAGAGGCUGGAGUCUUCAGAGUCUGAAUCCAGUAUUGAGAAUGAGGACUUCCCCCCACUAGCUCAGAUAUUUAAAUUUCACCAUUCGUCCUCACCAUCUGCCAAAGAUCCAGCGAAAAACUCUUUAAACCAAGAUGACCUCCAAGCUGAAGAACGAAGCCCAAAGCCAGGUUUGGACUCUGCAAGUCAGGAUAGUCGGUCUCGCAGUGAACCAGAAGCUCAGUCAAGUCCUGCAAGUCAAGGUGUUGCCCCUUAUCAGAAACAGGAAUCUUCUGAAGAUGUAAAUUCAAAUGACGUACAAGAUGAUGGUGUUCCUGACCUCACUUGCAGAGAUGAGUGGAUCACUUCUAGUCAAGGAUCUGUGGAUCUUUUUGGGACACCACAGGAAAGUGAAGAAGUAGUUGAGGGUGUAUGUGGUAAUACACGGCUUUCCAUCGAGUCAUCUCAAUUCUCAAGCGAGAUUAUUACCACUCAGCAGAGAGAAGAGAUGCAGCAGGAGUUGCACAGGCUGGAGAGAAUGAUGGCUUUAGUGUCCGAGGCUAUCCAGAAGAAAGACGCUGACUUGGACGAUAAAAACAAGACGGAGGACGACAACCAGCACUCGGGCCAGCAAGGCAGAGUAAGAAGUCAGCAAUCCUGUAAAAGCGGAAGGCAGGUCGAAGGUCAGCGUGCCGUCCCUGAGGAUGCGACCGUGGAAAAGAAGCUGAAUGAGCUGAGGGGUGAAACUCUAGGAGAACGUUCGUUAAGGAACGAGUGCAGAACAGAAAGCGGAGGCGGGAUGGAGCUGGUGGCGUCGGGACUCAGUGCCACGGAACAGGGCCUGGUGAAGAAGUUUGCAAGGAAGAUGAAGGCUGGUGUAAGCAAUCAGGUCACUCCUACUACGACUCACAUCAUCAUCAAAACAGGUGAAGACAUGGUGUGUGAGCGAACGCUGAAGUACUUCCAGGGCAUCGCUGGCAGAAAGUGGGUGGUGAGCUUCCUGUGGAUCUCGGAGUGCUUCAAACACGGCAAACUUCUAGCUGAAGCUCCAUAUGAGGUCUGUGGUGACGUGGUUAACGGACGCUACCACAACGGACCCCGAAAAGCCCGAACCGCUCCGGAUGAUGACUUGCUGAUGAAAGGAUGCGAGAUCUGCUUCCAGGGCUCCUUCACUGACAUGACCACCGAUCAGAUGGAGGCCAUGGUGGAGCUGUGUGGAGCUACAGUCAUGAAGGAUCCACUGAUGUUCUCCAGAAAGGGUAUCUGUUAUCAUCUGGUGGUGGUUCAGCCUGACCCUGAUGACUCUCAGUCAUACUAUACAGCGCUACAGAAAAAAGCCACCGUCGUGACUCGGAGUUGGCUGUUGGAUUCGAUCGCCACGUACACGCUCCAAAACCCACAUGAUUAUAAUCCAUAACUGUGAGGUUCUUGUGUUCCGUUGCUUCUUUUUAAACACCUCCUCUCCUUCCUUGCACUUUACUUGCGCUGCUCUGUUCAUCACCACUCUUCUUUUCACUUUAGCUCAACAAACAGAAAGAAUCUAUUUUAACGUGCUGUAAAUAAGACCCUGUACAUUUCAGUAUAAAACACUCAACAGAU